CCUUGCGAGCGCGCGGCUUUUCUGUAAACACAAUUUUAUAAAAUUGCUUUAAACUUCGAAGAUGGAGGUGGUAAAACGUGGAUUUACCCGCGCCUGCAAGAAUCACAGCUACCUCUGCUACGAGACGAUCGACGAGAUCCUGACCCCGCUCUGUGCCAGCCACAAAGUGUCGAAGCCCGCCAGCAAUGAGGCGAUAAAGGCAUUUGUGAAUGAUAUAAACGACUCUAUCCGGGAUCUGGGCCAAUCACUGGUCUUUAUCAAGUACCCGCUCAUGGGUAAGGAGUACCUGGUGUACGCCAAGACAGAUGCCACGCCGGACAGUAUUGCGAACACGGGUCUGACGGCCGAGGAGUGCCAGUAUUUCUCCAAGCUGCUGGACAAGAUAGCAACCGCCGACGACUGCCGCAUACCGUGGAACGUUGCCUACAAUGAGCUCUUUCUGCAAGGUCUGGCGAAGCCGCCAAAGAAGAGCCGAAUGCAACAUCUGCUGCAGAAAUGGAGCCAAAUGGGUUACUUCCUGGACAAGGACGAGUACAUCUACCUGGGGCCGCGCAGCCUCGUGGAGCUGAACUUCUACCUCACCUCCAGCUACUCGGAGCAUAUCAAGAGCUGCACCCUUUGCAAGGGCUUGGUGCUGUGGGACAUCAGAUGCGGUUCCUGCCAGAUCCAGUUCCACCGGGACUGCAUCCACACCUACCUACAGAAGCGCGAUAUUUGUCCGUCUUGCGGCAGCCUGUGGACAACGCCACUAAGGCGGUCCAGCUCAGCCUCAUCCUAGCUAAGUUUGAAAAAUGUAAGCCAUAUAUAGUUUUAUACAUAAGGUAUGCCUAAACUACAUUAAGAAGUUAAAUAAAGACUUAAGCAUUUGA